CGGGACCGGGGCCGAGCCAGAGCUCCGCGAGGGACCGGGGCUGAACCGAUGCUCCGCGAGGGAGCACGACUGAGUGAGGCACCAUAAGAGACUGGGGCCGCCGCUGCCCCUCGGCCUGACCCCACCGAGCCGGGGCUCCGGGAGGAAGCGGGGCCCGUGCUCGCUGGCCGGCGAGCCAGCGCUGACCUGCGGGCGGUGGGGAGGCGGGAGCCGUGUUUGAUGAGGGGAAAGCCUCGUGUUUCCGGGACAGAUAGCACCAGAUCGGUUCCAACCUGUCCCCGAGUUUCGCCAGCCGCUUUUGGCGGUUGUGGUGAGGAGAGGAGAUCAGAGUAAACAGCGCAAACUGAACUUACUGCCCUUUGGAGUUUAAGCUGCAGCAUGGCAGAAGCCUCUACGUCUCCACUGAAGCACUUUGUGCUGGCCAAAAAGACCAUCACUGCCAUCUUCGACCAGCUGCUGGACUAUGUCACUGAGGGAGCAGCGUUUGUGGAAGCCACAUACAAGAACCCGGAGCUUGAUCAUGUAGCAACAGAAGAUGAACUAGCAAAAAUACAAGCAUAUAAAAGCAAGUUGGCAGUCAUUAGAGAGGUGCUCUCACGGAGACAUAUGAAAGUGGCAUUUUUUGGCAGAACAAGCAGUGGGAAAAGUUCAGUCAUUAAUGCAAUGCUGUGGGAUAAGGUACUUCCCAGUGGAAUUGGCCAUACAACAAACUGCUUCCUCAGUGUGGAAGGGACUGAUGGAGAUAAGGCUUAUCUUAUGACAGAAGGAUCAGAUGAAAAGAAGAGUGUCAAGACAGUCAAUCAGCUGGCUCACGCACUUCACAUGGAUAAAGAUUUGAAGGCUGGCUGUCUGGUCCAUGUCUUUUGGCCCAAGUCAAAGUGUGCCCUGCUGAGAGAUGAUUUGGUUUUAGUGGACAGCCCUGGCACAGAUGUCACUACAGAACUGGACAGCUGGAUUGACAAGUUCUGUUUAGAUGCUGAUGUGUUUGUCCUGGUUGCCAAUUCUGAAUCAACUCUCAUGAACACGGAGAAACAUUUUUUCCAUAAAGUGAACGAACGACUUUCCAAGCCAAACAUCUUCAUUCUCAAUAAUAGAUGGGAUGCCUCUGCAUCAGAACCAGAGUACAUGGAAGAUGUGCGUAGGCAGCACAUGGAGCGCUGUCUGACUUUCCUGGUCGAUGAGCUCAAAGUUAUUGAUCCUGUAGAAGCCAGGAAUCGCAUCUUUUUUGUUUCAGCAAAAGAAGUUCUGAGUGCCAGGAGACAAAAGGCCCAAGGAAUGCCUGAGGGUGGUGAAGCGCUUGCUGAAGGAUUUCAAACAAGAUUCCAGGAAUUUCAACAUUUUGAGCAGAUAUUUGAGGAGUGUAUCUCGCAGUCAGCCGUGAAAACCAAGUUUGAACAGCACACUAUCAGAGCUAAACAGAUAAUAGAUACUGUGAAAAACAUUAUGGACACCAUAAACGUGGCAGCAGCAGAGAAAAGAGUCCAGUCCAUGGAAGAGCGAGAGGAUCAGAAGGACAGGCUGGACUUUGUUCGAAAUCAGCUGAACAUUUUGACAGAAGACACCAAGGAAAAAAUCAAACGCGUUACUGAGGAAGUCGAAAACAAAGUCUCCUCUGCCAUGACUGAUGAGAUUUGCCGGCUUUCAGUUUUAGUUGAUGAAUUUUAUUCUGAUUUUCACCCUUCUCCUCAAGUAUUGAAGCUCUAUAAGACAGAACUGAACAAACAUAUAGAAGAUGGUUUGGGAAAGAACCUGGCUGAUCGCUGCUCCACUGAAGUCAACGAGUCAAUGCACCAGUCCCAGCAGGAGAUGAUUGAAAAUCUGAAACCAUUGUUGCCUUCUAGUGUUCAGGAUCAGCUCCACUUGCUAAUUCCAUGCAGGAAGUUUGACCUUAGCUAUGAUCUAAACUGUCAUAGCCUGUGUGCAGAUUUUCAAGAGGAUAUCAUGUUCCACUUUUCUUUGGGAUGGACUUCUCUUGUAAACCGUUUCUUGGGUCCUAAACAAGCUCAGAAAGUACUCCUGGGAUUAGCAGAUCCAAACCUACAUAUCCCUCGUCCUUUAGCCAGCACCCCGUCUGCCACCAGCCUUCCUGCCAUAACUCCUGAGAACGUGCCCCAGGAUGAAUUUAUGAUUCCUUUGGUGUUGAGUUUAGCCUCGCUGACAUCCCGGACCUCCAUGAGCAUCAUCGUUGUUGGCGGAGUGAUUUGGAAGACCAUAGGCUGGAAGCUGAUCUCAUUCUCCCUGAGCAUGUAUGGGCUGCUGUACCUGUACGAGAGGCUGACCUGGACCACUCGGGCCAAGGAGAGAGCCUUUAAGCAGCAGUUUGUGAACUACGCCACCGAGAAGCUGCAGAUGAUCGUCAGCCUCACCAGCGCCAACUGCAGCCACCAGGUGCAGCAGGAAAUGGCCACUACUUUUGCUCGGCUUUGUCAGCAGGUGGAUGUUACUGAGAAGAACCUGGAAAAAGAAAUAGCUAGGCUUUCCAAAGAAAUAGAUCAGCUGGAGAACAUACAGAGCAGCUCCAAGCAGCUGAGAAAUAAAGCCAUUCACCUUGAGAAUGAACUAGAUCACUUCACAAAACAUUUUCUUCAAAAGAAUAAAUAAAACAUCAUUGUGAACCUUC